AUGACUGAAGAAGGGGGUACCACAGUACACGCUCAGGAGGACGUUGGCCAGGCUAGUGUCACUGAAAAGCUGCACAGGCAAAUCCCCAUUGGCGCCACUGCUCCCAUGGGUGAGUAUCGUGGGCAUGCUCCCAUGGGCAAGCAUCAUGGUGGAGGCACUAAUGGCGUCGACGAGCAAACCCCCAUGGGCACUGUCAAGGCCGGGGCUCCUGGGGCAUUCUUGGGCGAGGCGCUACGAGCGCCCCCCAUCGAGGCACCAUGGGUGACCUCAGGCAAGGCGCCAUUGGCAUCCUCGGGUGAAGCACCACGGGCGCCGUGUGGUGAGCUGGUGAGGACCCAGUCUGGCGGGGCUGACUGUGGAGAUGAUCCAGCGCUCCUGAAUGUUGGGCAAGAAUUGGCGAUCGUGAGGGAGGCAUCGACAGGUACUGGGCAAUACCAGGAAGGUAGUUCUGAUGGGUACUAG